AUGUCACAGCUCUACUACCGGCGGACUGACAGCUCCUCGUACCGGGACCGCAUCCCGCUGAGAAUCGUGCGGGCCGAGUCGGAGCUGUCCCCUCUGGAGAAGGCCUACCUCGGAGCUGUGGAGAAGGGCGACUACGCGAGUGUCAAACACGCUCUGGAGGAGGCAGAGAUCUACUUUAAGAUCAACAUCAACUGCAUCGACCCCCUCGGCCGCACGGCUCUGCUGAUCGCCAUCGAGAACGAGAACCUGGAGAUCAUCGAGCUCGUGCUGAGCUUCAGCGUGUACGUCGGCGAUGCCCUGCUGCACGCCAUCCGCAAGGAGGUGGUGGGCGCGGUGGAGCUGCUGCUGAAUCACAAGAAGCCCAAGAGAAGCUCAUUGAUUGUGUUAAAAAGCCGUCUGCAGUUCUCCGACUUCACCCCCGACAUCACUCCCAUCAUACUUGCGGCGCACACCAACAACUAUGAAAUCAUCAAGCUCCUGGUGCAGAAGGGCGUUUCAAUGCCGCAGCCGCAUGAGGUGCGCUGUAACUGCGUGGAGUGCGUGUCCAGCUCGGACGUGGACAGCUUGCGUCACUCGCGCUCGCGCCUCAACAUCUACCGGGCGCUGUCCAGUCCCUCGCUGAUCGCCCUCUCCAGCGAGGACCCCUUCCUCACGGCCUUCAGGCUCAGCUGGGAGCUGCAGGAGCUCAGCAAGGUGGAGAACGAGUUCAAAUCCGAGUAUGAGGAGCUGUCUCAGCAGUGCAAACAGUUUGCCAAGGACCUGCUGGACCAGACCAGGAGCUCCAGGGAGCUGGAGAUGAUCCUCAACUACAGCGACGACAUGAACCUGUUGGAGGAGGAGAACAACAACGACCUGGCGAGACUCAAACUGGCUAUCAAGUAUUACCAAAAAGAGUUUGUAGCUCAGCCGAACUGCCAGCAGCUGUUGGCGUCGCGCUGGUACGACGAGUUCCCCGGCUGGAGGCGGCGACAGUGGGCGGGGAAGUUCUUCACCUGCGUCUUCAUCGGCCUCCUCUACCCCGGGUUCGCUCUCUGCUACCUCAUCGCUCCGAAGAGUCGCUACGGCCUCUUCAUCCGCAAGCCUUUCAUCAAGUUCAUCUGCCACACGGCGUCCUACCUGACCUUCCUCUUCCUGCUGCUGCUCGCCUCCCAGCACAUCGUCACCACAGAGCAGGACCGGCAGGACAGGCAGGGCCCGGCGCCCACCACCGUGGAGUGGAUGAUCCUGCCCUGGGUGCUGGGAUUCAUCUGGGCCGAGAUCAAGCAAAUGUGGGACGGUGGUUUCCAGGACUAUGUUCACGACUGGUGGAACCUGAUGGACUUUGUCAUGAACUCUCUAUACCUGGCCACCAUCUCCCUCAAGAUUGUAGCCUACACUAAGUACAGCGGCAGUAAACCCAGGAACCAGUGGGAGAUGUGGCACCCGACGCUCGUAGCUGAGGCGGUGUUUGCCAUCGCUAACAUCUUCAGCUCCCUGCGCCUGAUCUCCCUGUUCACAGCCAACUCUCAUCUGGGGCCGCUGCAGAUCUCCCUGGGGAGGAUGCUGCUGGACAUCCUGAAGUUCCUCUUCAUCUACUGUCUGGUCCUGCUGGCCUUUGCUAACGGGCUGAACCAGCUCUACUUUUACUACGAGACCAAAGCCUCGGACGAGAAGGGGAAAUGUAAGGGCAUCCGCUGUGUGGAGCAGAAUAACGCUUUCUCCACGUUGUUUGAGACCCUGCAGUCUCUCUUCUGGUCGAUCUUCGGCCUGAUCAGCCUCUACGUCACCAACGUGGACGCCGACCACCAGUUCACCGAGUUUGUCGGCGCCACCAUGUUUGGAACCUACAACAUCAUUUCACUGGUGGUGCUGCUCAACAUGCUCAUCGCCAUGAUGAACAACUCCUACCAGCACAUCGCUGACCACGCAGACAUCGAGUGGAAGUUCGCCCGGACGAAGCUGUGGAUGAGCUACUUUGAGGAAGGGGCCACGCUGCCGGCCCCGUUCAACAUCAUCCCCAGCCCCAAGUCCUUCCUGUACCUCAUGUGUUGGAUUAAGAGGCAAGUGUGCAAGAGGACCAACUCCAAGCGGCCUGACACCUUUGGAGCUCUCGGAAGGCGAGCAGCGGAGAAUAUGAGGAUAAACCAUCAAUACCAGGAGGUGCUGAGGAAUCUGGUGAAACGUUACGUGGCUGCUAUGAUCAGAGACGCUAAGACAGAGGAAGGCCUGACUGAAGAGAACUUCAAGGAGCUGAAACAAGAUAUCUCCAGCUUCCGUUACGAGGUGAUGGGCAUGAUGAAGACGGGGAAGCCCGCCCUGCAGGGGGCGAAGGCCAGCGGCAGCUCGGCAGAGUCCAGCCUCGCUUACCCUAACUCCUCGCUCAAGGUUUCCCCCGGCCCUCAGAGCGGCCAGGCCAAAAGCAAAAGCAACAGAUUCAAGAUCACCGCCUCCAUCCUCAAGAUGGGCAGCUCCACAGCGUCACCCAGGCUGCCAGGGGCCUUCAACGGUCUGCCGAACGGACUCCUGCCCCUGGAGCCUGAUGAGAGCCCCGGUGACAAGUCAGGCCAGAGGAGGAACUUCCCCAAAGAUAUCAGCGACUUUGGCUUGUUCCAGAAACGCCACCGCAACGAAGCCGCAUCGGGCGAAGAAGAGAUUUCCAGGAAGAUGUACUCUUUAUCAGAGGAAGCAGGGGACUCUGGGGCCGAGGAGGAGCCGGACAUAGAGGAGGAGACAAAGUUCUCACAGGGAGAAAUGGUGGAGGAGGCUGCGGUGACGGCGGCAGACAUCGAGGAUGCCGAGGUCUCAAAGUACGGCUCGGAGCUGGACGAGGAAAAAUGAUGAUUGUUGAUCCUUCAUUGACCUGGUAGCUGAGGGAUGUUUGACAGGAACAUUACAACAGGCCACGUUACGAUGGACUGGAGUGAGACUGACAAUCGAUGUGAGCUUUAAGUGAGGAAGGGUCGGAAACGUGUGUGAUACUCGCAACGAGUCGAACUUUCCCAGUAAUCACCACACUAGUGAUAAGCUUUGAUCUAUGGAGACUCAGGGAGGCCUUUGGUUUCAGAGUUUUAAAAUGCCGUUAUAUCGGCAGCGAAGGUAAAUGAAGCGUCGUGAGGAUUUAGAUUUCAGGAUGAAGUCAUUUCAUCCUAUCUCUUCCCUAUGGACGAUUAGAAAGUAAUUAUUCCCUGAAACUGAAGAUGUCCUGUUUUCUUUAACCUCCUCUCUCUCUCCUUUACCCUUCCCCAACAUGUGUCCGCCACUCCAUCAUUCACUGUACGAGCACUCUCUCCUUCAUCCCUCUCUCUCUCUACCUCUUCUCCUCUCCUGUUUAUCUCUACGCCUGCUUCAUCUCUUCCCCUCCUUUAUCUCACGGGAGCAAUAGAUAUGUUCACUUCUUCACCCGACUCUCUGCCUUAUUCUGUCUGUUUCUGCACUUUACACACUUUACUCUGGCGAACCGUGUGUCGAGCUCUGACCAUGCAACAACUCUGUCGAUGUUUUUCUAUGCAAAGAAUCCCAGGGAGGGAGACGAGGACGAGGGUUUGACAGGGGUCCAUGUGGUCGGCUGCUGGUGGAAGGGUAAUGGGAGAUAAUGACAAUAUGAACACAGGCUAUCAACCAUUAAAAGCAACACAUUAUUCAUGUUUGAUCACUCCUACAGAAAAUCUACUGGUUCUUUUGAAAAUGUUAGCUGUUUUUAAAAAAGUUUUUUUAGAUGUAAUGUUAGUUCGUACGACGGAUGUUCUAGAGACUGAAACAGAACCGAA